AUGUCGUCGGGCUGGUUGUGGUUUGCUCUAGCGACCACGUCUACGAGACAAUUCACGUCGACUCCACUGCUGAAAGGAUCUGCAACCACCAAGCCAAAGAAUCCCGUAAUCAAGAGACAGAGUGGUAGCUUCACUAGUCGCUUCGGAGAUGUCUAUCGAAUACCAUUCAAUAUCAAGUUUGACGAGGCGCUCGAAACUGCAUUGAAAGAUUUCAAAAACUCCCUCUCCCCUUCCGAUCCGUUACACGAAAAAUGGAACUCGUUCCAUCGUCGAAUAACUCAGGCCGCGCGGGUCAAACUAAUCGGCCUCCCACAAACCGCGAACUUUGGCACUUUGGUAAAUAUACGGACGCAACUUUUCGAUGGAUUCAGAAGAGCCGGCUCUAAAGGUAUCAUAGAGGAGUUGGAAUUGGUAUACAAGGAUCUUCGUGACCAUGAAUUGUACGGCAAUCCUCACGCUGCAGAGCAGCAAAAGGCGACGGAUUUUCGAUAUCCAGCUGAGUGGUAUCCAUUUGCUCGCUCGAGACAACGGACUAUUCAUCUGCACGUUGGCCCCACAAAUUCUGGAAAGACGUACCGAGCUCUAAAGAGACUCGAGCAAGCGAAGUCCGGGUUUUAUGCGGGACCGCUGAGAUUGCUAGCUCAGGAAGUCUACUCUCGGUUCAAUGCGGAAGGAAUACCAUGCAAUUUAGUGACGGGAGAUGAAGUCCGCACCUCAGACACGCCGCCACGCAUCAUCAGUAACACCGUGGAAAUGGUGAGUAUUUACAAGGACUACGACGUCGGAGUCAUCGAUGAGAUACAAAUGAUUGCCGAUCAGGAUCGUGGCUGGGCUUGGACAAGAGCGUUUCUGGGAUCAAGAGCAAAGGAGUUGCAUGUUUGUGGCGAAGAGCGAGCCGUGCCGUUGAUCAAAGAAUUGGCCACGUUAAUGGGCGAUAAUCUGGAGAUUCAUCAAUACCAGAGACUCAAUCCACUACGGGCCGAAACUCAAAGUCUGAAUGGGGAUCUUCGCAACCUUCGAAAGGGAGAUGCUAUAGUCACAUUCUCCAGGAUCAAUAUUCAUGCUUUGAAGAGUGCAAUUGAGAAAUCGACCGGAAAGCGGGCGGCUAUCGUCUACGGUGGCCUACCAGCAGAGAUUCGAACGCAACAGGCCAAUUUGUUCAACGACCCCGAUAAUGAUUAUGAUUAUCUCGUGGCGAGUGACGCCAUUGGUAUGGGCCUGAAUCUAAAAUGCAAACGAGUCAUCUUCCAAACCCUAGUCAAAAACGUGGCUGGUGGUCUUGCGAGGAUUAGUAUUCCAGAGAUAAAGCAAAUUGGUGGGCGUGCAGGUCGAUAUCGUGCUGCCAACGAAACGGGUAAACGCGGCGACAAUGAAGAGGAAAACGUGGGAUUGGUGACGUCGCUUGAGGAUGUUGACUUGCCCUUCAUUCAAAAGGCGCUAGAGUUUAAUCCUCCUCCUUUGAAAGCGGCCGGACUUAUACCCACGGAUGCAAUGUUCUAUCGCGUUGCUAGCUACUUUCCUCGCGAUGUUUCGCUCAGGUUUCUCAUCAAUCGGGUUUGCUCGAUCAGCAAGGUUCAUCCACUCUUCUUCAUGUGCCGAGCCCGCAGUCAGCUAGAGGUAGCCAGCUUUCUCGACCGUUGUGAUCGCAUGAGUAUUGAUGAUCAGAUCGUCUUUAUGGCGUCACCUAUGAACGACCGUGACCAGGCCUUGAAGGCCUGUGCCAGAGGAUAUGUUCGAUGCGUCGCCAAUAACAGCAGUGGUCGUUUACUUGACAUACAAGAAUUAAACCUAGAAAUCCUCGAACAGCCAGUCUCUGGUCGAAAGGAAUAUCUCAAUGAGCUCGAAAGUUUACACAAGGCAUUGAUCCUGUAUCUGUGGCUCAGCUACCGUAUGGGAGGAAUAUUCACAGACCGGACUCUUGCGUCUCAUGUCAAGGAGAUGGUUGAAGAGCGCAUGAUGCGAGCCCUGACCGAGUUUUCGGCUAAUGCCAAGCUCCGCAAGGAUGCUUCCCGACGUCGACAAAUUCUGUUGAACAAACAGGGUCUUGAUGAGGAACAGUUGUUGGCCAAUACUCAGUUCAGCCGUGAAGCCGAUUUGUCGGUCGAUGGUGAAGCAGACUCUUUUGGCGUGCCUAUGGAAGAGGAUGCUGCUGCACCUGCUGAUGGAGACGAGAAGACUGCAACAGCGUAUAUAUGA